AUGCGAGUUGCUACUGCAGCAGCAAGAAAGGCGGCUGCACGCAUGUGCGCAACCAAAGAGAGUACAUCCGCUGCGUCUGCAGCGGGUACCGCGAAUCGUAAUCCAGAUGAGCGUGAAAUUGAGCUCACCCAUUCUGGCGAGUCGAAUGAUGCGUCCGACUCGAAGGCGACACCUCACGCCUCCGGUUCAUCCAAGGUGAACACGGCCAGAGCCAGAUUUACUGACUCUGGGAAACUUUGUGCCAUCAUGUCCGAGAUCUUCGGAUUGAGUGAUUCGUCUGACGAAUCCUCGUCUCACGCAAGUCCAUCGGACACAAGGACGCGUAUUGAUGGUGGUUACGCACCUACACGUCACCACGAGAGAAGCAACUCGAUGGAUUGA